AUGCCGUCCUAUAUUCUACGAAAUCUCUGUAUGCCAUUUGCUGGGCUGCAGGAAACACGCAUCAGAGAUCGGCCCGUCAUCACCAUAUGUCGGGGGGAUGCUGGUGAGAAGAAAGUAGCUGGUUGCGCGAUAGCAGUGAGAAACGCCUACAACAACCUGGUGGAAGAGUUUGGCUCAACGUCGUAUAGAUGGGCCUUCGCACGGCUGCGGGAUCGUAAACUCUGGAUCGCAAGUCCCUAUACACCCGCGGAAUCCGCUGCGGCAACCAAGGGCGUUUUCUAUGAAGAAGUCAAUGCGUUGAUGUCUAAAAUACCCAGCCAACGAGUGGUCAUUGCUGGAAACGACGAAAAUGCGAAGAUAGAACACCAAUCCGACGUCCGAAGAAAACAGUAUUAUGCACUGGAUUCCACAUCAGAUAAAUAA